AUGCAAGCUAUAACUACAGUCUCUGAAUCCAGAGACGUCCGCGGCCUCAACCUCAUCGCCUCGCAUUCUCACAUUCGUGGCCUCGGCGUCGAACCUGAUACCCUACAACCACGAACCAAUGCCUCACAAGGUCUUAUCGGCCAGGAAAAGGCCAGGAAGGCCGCUGCCGUCAUUCUCCAGAUGGUCCGCGAGGGAAAGAUCGCUGGCAGAGCCAUUCUGAUGGCUGGUCCCCCUAGUACCGGGAAAACAGCCAUUGCAAUGGGCAUGGCCCAAAGUCUUGGGUCCGACGUUCCAUUCACCAUCCUCACAUCCACCGAAAUCUUCUCGUUAGAAAUGUCCAAAACAGAGGCUCUCACCCAGGCUUUCAGAAAGUCUAUUGGUGUUAGAAUAAAAGAGGAAACAGAGAUCAUCGAGGGCGAAGUUGUUGAGAUCCAGGUUGAUCGUACCGUUACUGGAGGCACGAAACAAGGUAAACUCACAAUGAAAACGACCGAUAUGGAAGCUGUCUGGGAUAUGGGCGCCAAAAUGAUCGAAAGUAUGUCCAAGGAAAAGGUCAUCGCUGGUGACAUAAUAUCCCUCGACAAAUCUUCCGGCAAAGUAACGAAGCUCGGCCGAUCAUAUGCAAAAGCUAGAGACUAUGAUGCGAUGGGGCCCGAUACCAAGUUUUUGCAGUGUCCGGAGGGGGAACUCCAGAAGCGACGUGAGGUGGUCCACACCGUUUCGCUACAUGAAAUCGAUGUCAUAAACUCCCGUACUCAGGGAUUCUUGGCUCUGUUCUCUGGCGACACUGGUGAGAUCAGAUCGGAAGUUCGAGACCAGAUCAACAUCAAGGUCGGGGAGUGGAGAGAAGAGGGAAAGGCAGAGAUCGUUCCAGGUGUUCUGUUCAUUGAUGAAAUCCACAUGCUGGAUAUUGAGUGCUUCUCAUACAUCAACAGAGCCUUGGAAAGCGAGUUGUCACCGAUCGUUAUCAUGGCUUCGAACCGAGGAACAACAAGAAUAAGAGGAACAAACUACAAAUCACCACACGGACUUCCAAUCGACUUGUUGGACAGAGUGCUAAUUAUCCCAACACCUGGUUAUUCGACUCCAGAGAUUGAGCAAAUCUUGUCGAUAAGAGCCCAGGAGCAAGAGGUUGAUUUGGAACCAACUGCGCUUUCACUUUUGACAAAGAUUGGAUCGGAGACGUCGUUGAGAUAUGCCUCGCAGCUCAUAACUACAGCUAAUAUGAUCGCAUCGAAACGACCCAAGAAGACGGUUACGGUUGAUGAUGUUACCCGUAGCUUCAAGUUAUUCCUGGAUACUGGUCGCAGCACGAAGUACUUGGCUGAAUAUGAGAACCAAUUCAUCACGGAUUCUAACUAUACUGUGAAUGGAGAAGAUUCAAUGGAGUUAUCCUAG